AGUUGCUUGUGUGCUCGGGAAGGCGGGGGCGGCGGCUUGGAGACGGGAAUUGGUCGGAAAAGCGGUAAUUGAAGGUACCUCCUGGAGGAAGGUAAAGGAAGGAGAGAACAAGAAAGCACCAUGUCUUCAGUCUCAGCUUAUUACAAUGGAAAGACCGUACUUAUCACAGGAGCUACAGGUUUCAUGGGCAAAGUACUGGUGGAAAAGCUUCUGCGCUCCAGCCCUGAUGUAAAAGCAGUUUAUAUACUCGUCAGGCCAAAGGCUGGACAGUCAAUGCAAGAGAGAGUGGCCAACAUGUUGAAAUGCAAGGUCUUUGACAGGGUCCGAGAAGAUUGCCCUAAUUUCCACGAGAAGAUUAAGCCUAUUAAUGCUGAACUCACUCAGCCCAAGCUGGCCAUCAGUGCUGAAGAUGAGGAAGAGCUUCUGACCCGGGUCAAUAUUGUCUUCCACUGUGCAGCAACAGUUCGCUUUGAUGAACCCCUGAAACAUGCCCUGCAACUGAAUGUAAUGGGCACACAGCGGCUCCUAGAGCUGGCCCGGCAGAUGCAGAACCUCGAGGCCUUCAUCCACAUCUCCACCGCCUAUGCAAACUGUGUCCGGAAAUGCAUAGACGAAGUCAUCUACCCGCCCCCAGCUGAACCCAAGAAGCUCUUCGAUUUAGUAGAGUGGUUGGAUGAAUCUAUCAUUCAAGACAUCACACCCAAGCUGCUUGGGGACUGGCCCAACACUUACACCUACACCAAAGCCUUGUCAGAAUACCUGAUACAGCAAGAGAAAGGAAACCUGAACAUUGCUAUCAUCAGGCCAUCCAUCGUGGGAGCUAGCUGGCAUGAGCCUUUCCCAGGUUGGAUUGACAGCUUCAACGGGACAAGUGGAAUAUUUGUUGCGGCAGGCAAAGGGAUUCUGCGGACUGUCAUUGCCAACAACGAAGCGGUGGCAGAUAUGAUUCCCGUAGACGUCGCCAUCAACCUCACCCUUGCAGCCGCGUGGUACACUGCUGUGCACAGACCAAAAAACAUGUUGGUGUACAACUGCACAACAGGUGGAAUCAACCCUUUCUUCUGGGGAGAAAUGGAGCAGUAUGUCAUGUCUACAUUCAAAAGGAACCCGCUGGAGCAGGCCUUCCGAACACCCAACGCUCACUUGACAUCCAACUACUUGAUAAACCAGUACUGGAUAACCGUCAGUCACAAGGCACCGGCCAUACUCUACGACCUGUACAUGAGGCUCACAGGUAGAAAGCCCAGAAUGAUGAAGAUUAUCAAUCGACUGCACAAGUCUAUGAUGCUCCUGCAGUAUUUCUCCACCCAGUCCUGGGAUUGGUCUUCAGAUAAUAUGAAUAUGUUAAUGAGUCACCUUAACACAGAGGACAAAAAGUUAUACAACUUCGAUGUUCGUCAGCUGCACUGGUCAGAAUACAUUGAAAGCUACUGCCUAGGUGCUAAGAAGUACUUGCUAAAUGAGGACAUGGCUGGCAUUCCAGCAGCAAAGCAGCACUUACGAAAGCUGAGGAACAUCCGAUAUGCAUUCAACACCACCCUCCUUGUGAUAAUCUGGCGCAUUUUCAUUGCAAGGUCACAGAUGGCUCGAAACAUCUGGUACUUUGUGGUUAGCCUCUGCUACAAGUUCCUUUCCUACUUCAGGGCAUCCAGCACCCUCAGGCACUGAAGCCGUCCAUCAGCAACCAGCCUCUUCCAGAAGGACCUCCAUCUCCUCUAAUCAGCAACUAUGGGCAUCGGGGUCUGAAAGUAGCAGAAAAAUCCACUCCCUCCAACAGCAGCCUGCAUUUAUUGUGUUCACCUUUUUUCAUUUCAACUAAUGCUUUAAUACAUGGUGGUCUUUCUUCCAUAGGACCAGGCCAAUUUUUAAAGCCAUAACUGAAACUUUAGGAACACGUCAAGCUGAAACCAUUCAUCUAGAGUCUGAUGUGCAAGAGUAAGGACUAACCAGUGUCAUUGUCUUCCCAUGUACUACCUAGGCUAUCUUAUUCCCAUCUUCUUUCUCAAAAGAGGCAAAUUUAAAGCAUACAACCUUAGAAGAAAAGGAUGCCAUCAGAGAAGACCCAGCCAAGGGAAUUAAUGUGUAAGAGGUCUUCCUAAAGAGGCUAUUCCUUCAUUCUCAUUCAGUGAAGUGGUACCUUAUUGAAAAACACAAUUUCACAUUUUCAGUUUUUCAGAACUUACAGGGGAAAAAAGAUCAGUUACGCUAGGCCAGUGAACACACUGAGCAGUUUUCAGAUCUUGUCUUAUCUUGCUACUGAGGACUGACUGAUACUUUCAAGCCAUAACUGAAGACACACAUAGAAUUCAUGUACCUAUGUUAACUCUACUCACUGACAAGCUGCUUUCUUAUGGAGAGGUAUUUUUUAAUCUCUGUUGGUUAAGGGUGCAGUCUAUUAAAAAGCCCUGUUCUUGCAUUUAUCACAUUUGUUUGGAACAUUUUUUUUUGGCUUGAAAAAAUUCUGUGUUUACUCUGAGAAUGAAGACUUCUUGAAAGAUUGAAGGAGUAUUCAGAAACUCUCUAUUAUUUUUGAGGAAUAGGUCUUUUUCCCCCUUGGAUUUGUCUGCAGAAAAUCUUUCUCUCUGUAGCUCAAAAACAGCCUGAUACUGUCCUUCAUGCUUUCAUUAUAGCUAAAUCACUCUGCAGCUGAUCAUUUCCACUGGCAAAAAAAAGCAUAAAGACAUGUAUGAAGGAGAUCCCAUCAGGCCAGUUCUGCUGCCACUCCUGUCAGUAAGAACUAAAAAGUCUGCAACUUAUUUUCGUUAGGAAUAGGAAAGAUUUCAUUGAUUUUUGUGUAAAAACAGUCAUGCACUGUGAAGGUGCAUUUUGUCCUACACUGCAGUUUAGAAAGGAACCCGAGGAUCUUCCCAAUGCUCAUGGCUAUUGGAGAUGCUUGCUUCACCUAGUGAAGUAUGAAUUCCUGUGGGGGGAGAGAGAAAGAGAGAGCCUUCUUCAAAGCAGCUGGUGCAACAACGGCCUUAGUGCAACAGCAACAACUUUAUCAUGCUAUCAGCUUUUUGAAGUCAAAUCUAAUACUGGAAUAUUUUUUAUUCAGAUAACACUGAAUAAGCACUUUAAGAUUAUCAGACUUUAAAGCAGCUGGUUUUUGAAACAAUGCAGCACCCAAUUCCUCUAGUCUUGUGUCAUGCUAGCUGUCUGAAAAAGUAAUGCUACAUCACAAAAAAUGACACAGUCGCUCUUCCGAGAGCUGAGAAUAGCAGAGUAUUUACAAAGCUGGCAUUCUUCAAAAAUUAAACUUGUUUUUGGCAGCGAGGGCAAGAGUAAGUUAUGAUGACAGUAUAUUUAUAUCUUAGACCUCCAAACUAGCUCAAAAGUCUUUCUAAAGGUGCAAGGAAUUUAUCUGCCCCCCUAUGCCCCAGAGGCCUAGUACCAAGCAAUUGCCAAAGGAUGUCUGCAACAGAACAUGACCAGAAACAUGGUGUCUAGAAUGGCAGGGCUCUGGCAUUCCCUAGCAAAGCCCCUGCAUUUGUCACACAUUACUGCUGAUCUAUGCUUAGUAGGUCAAGCACCCAGUUUACAAAGACGUAAAUUUUUUAAGUUCUUGCCUUGAAAACAUACUUUCAAAAUGAAACCAUCACGGUUGUUACCUAUGUGUUUUCCAACUUUAGAAAGCUGGCAGUGCAUGUUGUGCAUCGCGUGUUAGCAAGGUGUCAUGCCUGGGAAACUAGGAGCUAUAGGUUCAGGCACUGGGGACCAGACAUUUCACGUACAGUGCUUCCAUGGCAGUGUAUAUGGUGAAAGGUAGCUGCAUUAUACUUUGUCAACUUGGCCAUGCAGAGACUGUGGCUACCUUGGUGGUGUGAGGCAGGCUGAUGUAGGCAUUCCUCUAGAAAGACUGCAUUCCCUUAAAUACAUAAUCAGGUCAUCAGCCAGCUUCCAGUCUUCUCAUAUGAAAGGCUAAAAAAACAAACAAAAAAAACCUCCUGCAGAUUAUUUUGAAACAAACUUCCAUUAAAAAAGUAGGAAAGAAUUUUAACUCAUGUACUAAAAGUCUUCUUAAGUGCCUGCCUUAUGUACCAAGAAAAGCAACAGCUAAGGGCAUUGUAAGUCUUAUGCUGUGCACAACAGACAAAAAUUUGAGUCUCACAGAAAAGUCAGAUACCACAGACCUACAAUAUCUGGUCUACAUCAGUCAGCUCUACUCCAAGUGUCCUGCCUUCCCUUCCCCCACGCGAGUCAUGCCACACAUUCCUCACCUAUGCCUGUAGGCAUUCACAGUUACUCGUGCAGGCUGUAUUGUCCCAACAAGUCUGAGAUGCAUCUUUCCUCACCUGAGCAUAUCCGGACCCAUUUUCUGCACACGCAAAAUGAUACUUCAGGUUUCACCCAGUACAAUGGUGGUAUUGCGUUUUAAAGCUCUUCAGCAUUUUGCUGAGGGUAACAGCCACAGCAAAGCUACCACUCAGCCCUUGAAAAAAACAACAGGAGCUGCUUGGGAUGUUGCAGAAACAUAGUGGUGGCAGAUGGUGUACGUUCUUCUGGAGACCUUUCAUAGCCCACACAGCGUUGCCAGCAGCUGGUUCCAGAGCUCUGGCUUUG